AUGCAGUAUCUGGGACCGAUUCUUAUGGGAAUUGGCUCGUUUAUCCUGAUCAUCGCAUGUGUGGUAACCUUGGAGAGCAGAGACAAACAUGCCCAGGUAAUCACCGAGGAAUCGAUGUCAUUCAAGAAACGACGAAUGAUGUCGAUUGAAGAGCGAGCAGAAUUGUCCAUAAACGAACGCACUUCGGAGGAUGAAAGCCCUGUUACGCCCAUGAUCGAAAACAAGACCAAAGUCGACAACUACAGCAUCAGCACUUUGGCCGAAGUUCAUCGGCCUCGUCCAGCUGCUUCACGGACAGCUCCACUGGCUGAGAUUGACUCAUUGGUGAGUCAAUAA